AUGUCGGGAGCGUCAGACUUCCUCACCAAAGGCAUAGACCUCAUUCAGAAGGCCAUUGACGCGGACACCGCCACGCGCUACGAAGAAGCGUACAAGCUCUACUAUAAUGGGUUGGACUAUUUGAUGCUCGCGUUGAAGUACGAAAAAAACCAGAAGCUGAAGGAGUUGAUUAAGCUGAAGUUCACAGAGUAUCUUUCGAGAGCUGAGCAGUUGAAGGAUUUUCUUGAGAAACAGCUGCAGAAAUCGAAUCUGGCGGAAUCGUCUGCUACUGGUGGGUCGACAAAGGCAAAGAAAGACGGCGACGAUGAUGAUGCCGAUACAAAGAAGCUUCGUGGAGCACUCGCAGGUGCUAUUCUUUCUGAAAAGCCGAAUGUUAAAUGGAGUGACAUUGCUGGUUUGGACGCUGCUAAAGAUGCGUUGAAAGAAGCCGUCAUUCUUCCAGUGAAAUUCCCCCAGCUUUUCACUGGAAACAGAAAGCCCACUUCGGGUAUUUUGCUCUACGGCCCUCCAGGUACGGGUAAAUCGUACUUGGCCAAGGCUGUGGCCACGGAAGCCAAUCUGACUUUCUUCUCUGUGUCUUCUUCGGACCUUGUGUCCAAGUGGAUGGGAGAGUCCGAGAGAUUGGUGAAGCAAUUAUUCAGCAUGGCUCGUGAAAACAAACCGUCCAUCAUUUUUAUAGACGAAGUGGACGCUCUUUGUGGGCCUCGAGGCGAAGGAGAGAGCGAGGCUCUGCGGAGAAUCAAGACAGAGCUCUUGGUGCAGAUGAAUGGCGUAGGCAACGACUCGCAAGGUGUGUUGGUUCUUGGAGCUACCAAUAUUCCAUGGCAGUUGGACGCAGCCGUGAGGAGAAGAUUCGAGAGGAGAAUCUACAUUGCAUUGCCCGACUUGGAAGCUCGUAAGCGCAUGUUCGAGUUGAACAUUGGAGAGGUGCCCUGUGAAUGCAACCAGCAGGAUCUUAGAGUGUUGGCAGAGAUGACUGAGGGUUACUCGGGUCAUGAUAUUGCGGUGGUGGUGAGAGAUGCAUUGAUGCAGCCGAUUAGAAAAAUUCAACAGGCAACCCACUUCAAGCCUGUUUACGAAGACGGCAAGGAGAAACUUACCCCGUGUUCUCCUGGUGACGACGGUGCCCGUGAAAUGAGCUGGCUCGAUAUCGGCACCGACGAAUUGAAAGAACCCGACUUGACAAUUAAGGACUUCAUCAAGGCCGUCAAGAGCAACAGACCUACAGUCAACGCUCAAGAUAUAGAAAACCACACGAAGUUUACCAACGACUUUGGCCAAGAAGGUAACUAA